AUAUUACAACAAAUCCAAGGGCCACUGCGUGUUAUAUUCUCAACAUUUACCACUUGUAACGCCACUUUGAAUUUGAUUUCCCGAUCCCGGGUUGUACCCAACCUUCUAUUUCCUGGUGUACUAUGCCUUUAAGAGGCUGUCCUCGGUGCUGGGAAUUCACGUCAGUUUCAGCUCACAAACUCUCCAGUUCACUGAGCGCUGGAGAAUAUUUUGUCUUCUUUGGCUUUCAGUUUCUCUCUUCCAGGAAGGGAAAAUUAUCGAAACAUCCACUGUAAGGAGUAGUAUGCCUGGUAGGGGGGGAAACAUGGGAAUUACUUCCCUUUCUACAAAAACCUAAGGCUGAACUCUUGACAUAUUUCCAAAACAAGAAAGACUGCUUUACAGUGAAACUUCUUGGCCCGCAGACCGGGGAGGGCUGGCCAACUGAGGAUUUCUGGGUUGUUUCAAGGAAGGAGAGGAAAGUGGAGAAAGAGAGAGAAAGAAAGAACUUCCUGAUUUGGGGUGAGACAUGUCUGAGGUUCCUGGUCAGCAGCAUUGCAUCAAGCAGGAAAGAAUUUCGUACACACCUGCAGUGAGCCCUGUGCCAGACUAUACUUCCUCUCCAGUACAUGUCCCUGCACCUACAGCGAACAGGAUGGAGGAAGAGCUAGUCCGACUGCCAGCACACCUGCGACUGCAGCCAGUUUACUGGAGCAGGGAAGAUGUGUCCCAGUGGCUGAAGUGGGCAGAAAAAGAGUAUUCUUUGCGACCCAUUGAAAGCAAUACAUUUGAAAUGAAUGGAAAAGCUCUACUCCUCCUAACAAAAGAAGACUUCCGAUACAGGUCUCCUCACUCAGGUGAUGUACUCUAUGAACUACUUCAGCACAUUCUGAAACAGAGGAAGACGCAUAUGAUUUGUCAGCCAUAUUUCUUCCCAGGAAGCUCACUACAAGCACAGCCUGAAGUCGUCUUGCAGCACAACCAUCUGGAUGAUUUGGUUCAGAGAACUUCAAGGCCUGCAGCAGAUAUCCUCCAUAAUCCUCCCAGCAUUGAACUACUUCAUCGGUCUCGAUCACCGGUCACAACCAAUAACCGACUAUCACCUGAGUCUGACCAUCGAUCCUUGAGAUCUCCAUUGGAUAGUACUCCUCGUCACUUGUCACCUGCUGACAGGAAUCAUGGGAUAAGGCCUCAACAAGAGAAUAACAACCAUCCCUCUGAGGAGACUUAUCGACUGUCUGUAUCUCCUGUUGAGAAUAAUCACUGCCCUCAGCCUCCUUCAGAAGUACUCCAUAGACCAUCCAGUCCUAGACAGGAGAACACUCGCGUUAUCCAGCUCAUGUCCAGCCCUAUGAUGCAUUCCUUGAUGCUUAACCAACGGCAUUCAGUUGAGUUCAAGCCCACAAGGCUGGCAGAGGAUGGGUUAAACAGGGAGGGCAAGCCAAUGAAUUUGUCUCAAGAGAUGGUAAAUAGAAACCAUAUGUUGAUACCUACCUAUUCACCUCAUGAUGAACAAGGGCUUCCAAUAGGGCGCAUUGCAGACUGCAGGCUGCUCUGGGAUUAUGUCUAUCAGCUACUGUCUGAUAUUCGAUAUGAAAACUACAUCCGAUGGGAAGACAAGGAAUCAAAGGUUUUUCGAAUAGUGGAUCCUAAUGGGCUGGCUCGUCUGUGGGGAAACCAUAAGAAUCGAACAAAUAUGACCUAUGAAAAGAUGUCCCGAGCACUACGUCAUUACUACAAAUUAAACAUCAUCAGGAAAGAACCAGGACAGAGAUUGUUAUUCAGGUUCAUGAAAACUCCAGAUGAGAUCAUGAGUGGCAGAACAGAUCGCCUUGAGCACCUUGAAUCCCAGGAACUAGAUGAACAGUUGUUCCAGGACGAUGACUGCUUAUGAAAUUUUUUUAUAUUUUGACCGUUUGGCUACUGGAGACGUCUGUCAGUUGCUGAAACAUUAACAGAUGUGUGAAAAGGAAGGGAAGGGCAUGCGCUUUCUCUGGAUAUAGUACACAGUUAUAGGCAUAUUGAAUACAAGCAAAGGUACAGAACAUUUUGGUCUUUCAGAGACUGGUGCCUUGGCUUUUUUUUUUCUUUUGACAUAGGACAAGUGUUUGUGUUUCUGUGGCCAAACAUCACUUUUGUUGGAAAGUUUUCCUAUGGAAACAUUUUCUUUGAACAUCAUAAGUCUACAGAAAGAUUUGACAUUCUGUAAUAUAAUGAAAGAAAGAGCUUAUCCCAAGAAGGGUUGACUUUAUUUCUGCCUAUGGUGGAAAUGACCCUUUCCACUCAACGGGAGAAGGUUGAAGAGCCUGUUGUCAGUUGUGCACUCUACCUUUCCCUUACAUUUGCAGUCUCACUACAAGUGCUGGUUUUCUGUCUGAAUUUGAUUCAUCUUUGCCAUCGUUCAUGAUUCAUAUGAAGACAUCAUAACACAGUUCCAUUAUGAGGACCAACUCACGCAUGCAGAAGACUAUUUCUUUUUUCCUUCCUAUAAUGUUUUAACUUGUUUUAAUUGAAACUUCUUCAGUUCUCAGGUACAGCAUUGCAGCUUCUGGGGAUGCCAAGUCACUAGCACUGGGCUUAUUGUUUAGAAGUUAUUUGCCUUUGUGAUGGGCAAAUAGAUAGGAAUAAAACUGAACUACUGUCUCAACAAAUCAUAUGUUCAGCAACUUUGCUUUGCCAUCCCAUAACAAUGGAGGGCACAGUUAAGCAAAUAGCUGCACAGAAAUAUUCAAUUUGAAUGGUGAGGAUUGAUACUUUAGUACUAAAUAACAGAAUGUAAAGGAGGCAAAGAACUCAAUGACAGAGUUUGAGAGAGGAGCAGCUCAGACUGUGGAGUUACAGACAUAGGUCCACCUGAAAAAAGAUACUGAUUUUGUUGCAGCUUCUUAGGCCCUUAUAGUCUGCACAGAUGCAAACUCAUCUACAGACAAACCUGUGCAGAAAUUUCAAGUCUUUUUCAAAUACGUCUGGUACACAGAAAAUGGCUACAGCACUUCUCAUUACAGCAGCAUUGUAAUCAGUUAACAAUGUAUAAUUAUAGAAAGAUAAUAAGAAUUAUUUUUUUUUAUUUUUAUUAAAUUCAUAGUAUGUUAGCACAGAAACUUUUUUCCCUGCUCGCCUGAAAUUCAUUGUAUCAGAAACAAACCGUUUUUUGAAUCUUUUUGCUGCAUCACUGGUUUUCCAUCUGUGUGCUAGAUUUAUGAAAUAAAAUGGAUCAUCCACUA